GUGACGUUUCUGUCUGACGUUUGGUAUUUACCCAGGCGGACUUCAUGUCCUGUUCACCGCAGCAGCUGGUGAGCUGCAGAGAUCCUAUUCGGACAGAAACGAAAAUCAGAAGAGCUGACGUGAAGGAAACACCUGUCAUGUUAUCUCUAAUGAUAGCUUUAGCAUGUACAGAGACACACACACGCACGCACGCAGAGAUCUGGAUUGCCUGCAUGCCUCAUCGCUUUCUUCAGCUCAGCAAUGAGCUUGUUAGACCGACGGCAGCCUGCUUCGUCCACGAUGGGGCUGAAAGAUCGUCCUCAGUGCUACUUUGAUGUAGAAAUCAACAGAGAGCCAGUUGGACGCAUUGUCUUUCGACUGUUCUCCGAUAUUUGUCCCAAGACAAGCAAAAAUUUCCUCUGUCUAUGUACUGGUGAAAAGGGCACUGGUAAAACCACAGGGAAAAAAUUGUGCUAUAAAGGUUCUGUCUUUCAUCGAGUAGUUAAGAACUUCAUGAUUCAAGGGGGAGAUUUCACUGAAGGCAAUGGAAGAGGAGGAGAGUCCAUAUACGGCGGAUACUUUGAAGAUGAGAACUUUAUUCUCAAACACGACAGAGCCUUCCUCUUGUCGAUGGCCAACCGAGGCAAGGACACUAACGGCUCCCAGUUUUUCAUAACUACGAAGACAGCACCACAUCUGGAUGGAGUUCACGUGGUCUUCGGGUUGGUCAUCUCCGGGUUUGAAGUUAUAAAGAAAAUCGAGGGGCUGAAGACCGACACUGCCAGCAGACCCUACGCUGACGUCAGAGUGAUUGACUGUGGACAGCUGAUUACAAAAUCUGCUAAAGAUGUACUUGAAGGUAGGAAGAGAAAAGCUUUCCAUUCUGAAGAAGACUCCCAGAGUUCUUCAGAGUCACGGUACUCCUCCUUGGAGUCUGGAGAAGAAUCGGAAGAACGGUAUUCGCGCCGAAACAAGAAGACCUCCGCCAAGAGCAAGCAUUCAAAGAGGAGAAGGAAAGAAGUCGAGAGGAAAGGGAGACGGCACGAGAAAUCGGUUGGUGAAUGGAGCCCUUCUGGACGAGAGAUGAUGGAGGAAGAGGAUGGACAGAAAGAACAUAAUGUAAAGAGAGAGAAGCCUAUGGUGCGCCCAGAGGAGAUCCCUCCUGUGCCAGAGAACCGCUUCCUUCUCCGCCGAGACAUGCCAGCACAGGAAGAGAUAACAAAUGUCACUGUACAGGACACAACUAAAGUGGCAAAUGACACCAAGCCAGCAGUCACAAAAUCUGGUCGGAAACUCAAAGGCCGUGGCACGAUGAGAUACCAUACCCCUACUCGGUCGAUAUCCCGGUCUGAAUCUGAGGAGGAAAGAGGGAGCAGUGAGACUCCGCCACACUGGAAAGAGGAAAUGCUGAGAACUAAGACUUACCAGCCUCCCAGCGUAGAGAAAUGGAGCAAAGGAGAAAGAUGGGAUGACAGAAGUGGCACCCCCUGGUCAAGGUCAAGGUCCCGAGAAUACUCCUCAGAACAGGCCUCUGAUAACUCUAGUCAGCAUCACCAUCACAGGAAAGAAAAGAAAAAAGCCAAAUGUAAGAAGAAAGCAAAGAAGCGGAAACAUUCAAAAAAGCAUAAGAAGAACAAAGUCAGACAGGCCUCUCUUUCAGAGGGAGAGAUGUCGGUGUCAUCCGACAAAAGGUCAAAAGUCUCCAACCAUCCUGAGAGGAGAUCUUAUUCACACUCUCGCUCCCCUUCUACGUCACGCCGCUCUCGUGGGUCAUAUAGAUCAAGGUCAAACAGGAGACGAUCGUCAUCCCGUUCAUCUAGAGACUCAAGAUCUUACUCUAGGUCAAGAGACCGAUCCUAUUCCAGAAGUCGCUCUAGAUCUGGGAGUAGGUUUAGGUCCUACUCAAGAUCACGGUCGGGAACUCAGUCAGGACGGUCUAUUACACGAUCUAGGUCUGAUUCCUGCUCCAGAUCUAGAUACAGGACAAGAUCCAGAACCAGAUCUAGGUCCAGGUACAAGUCUCAGUCUCCAUAUUACAGAAAAAGAAAUGCAUCAAAGCUUUCUGACAGCAGUACACAGAAGGUUAAGAAUCCUGUACCCACCACUGUUCAAGCUGUAGAACCCAAAGCUCCUCCAUCUGAAUCUGCGGCGAAUGUCCCAGUGCUGCCUUUAAGUGACAGCCCACCACCUUCUCGAUGGAAACCAGGACAAAAGCCUUGGAAACCAUCUUAUGUUCGCAUCCAAGAGAUAAAGACAAAAAAAGACUCGCCCUCUCAGGCUCUCAUGAGCCGACCCCCAGGUACGCCACUGGAGACUCUGUCGAAAGUUCAGUCUCAAUUUGAGAAAUCCACGUCUCAUAAGGAUCUCAGUAGUAGCAGCCAGUACAAUGAAAAAACCAAGCAACCUGAAGGUCUCCUCCGAAAAGGUUCCUCCAGGAGUCGAUCCUCCAAUCAUUCAAGAAGCAGAAGUCACUCUAGUUAUCAGUCCCUGUCACCUGGUCAGUACAGCAGGUCGUCUUCAUCAUCCUCUUCUAGCAGGUCAGACUCUUAUUAUUCAUAUAGAAGAACGUCAUCAGAAAGAAUAGAGAAACACCAUGGUUCUCACAGGAGGGAACAUAAGAAGACCAAGAAUGUGAUGCAUAGCCCUGUCAAAGAAGAUGCAUCUCCCCCCCAUUCAGAUUAUGGAACUGAUAGCACACAGGGUCCUAUUCAGAGACACGUUAUUUCAGGGGCACAGGAAGAUGCACUUGAUCCUGUGCCAGAUUUUCAUGUUAAGGCAGAAAAGAAACUUAAACCAAAAAAUGCUUCCGUAGUGGCUGCCACCAACUGUAAAUCUGGAUCUGGAUGGGACAGUGACAACGAACAUUUGAGCAAGCUGGCUUCUGCUGAUGAGAGUAAACCACCUCGAAUUUCUGUUAAGGAGGAGAGCGGACUUUCUGAAAAGAACAAGAUGAAGAUUUGGGCUCAUUGCUGGGACUCUGAAAGUGAGUCUGAAAUGCCAGACUCAAACAAUGUGGGUAGUCAAAAUAAACCUUCAUCGGAAAAGGAAGAGGGGGAAGCCAGUUCAGAAUCUGAAAGUGAAGAACCUUCUGGGCUCUCCAACAAACCAGACCAGCUCUCCAAGGUUUUAGAGGAAUUCAAAAACAAUGAGGAACGUUCUGGGGAUUAUACGAAAACCGAAAAGCACAAAAGCAAGAAGGGUAAGCGUAAACACAAGCACAAGAGGAGAAACUCUGACAGGUCUGGCUCACAAAGAGUGAAAACAAAAACAAAAACAUCGAAGAAGAAACACCAGAAACCAAAGGAGACAUUUCACUGGCAGCCUCCACUCGAGUUUGGCGAUGAAGGCGAGGAGGAUGAUUCACUUGCUCAGGGGAAAAAUAUUGACCCUGCACGGCAAGGUUCUAACGGUGAAGGACUUACAAAACUGGUAAAGAGGAGACAACUAAAAUCUCAGUAUGUUGAAAGCAAGAUAAGUCAUGAUUCAUCAAAAGAAAGCUGCUCGACCGCAGAGAUCUCUAAAAGUGCCGAUGAGUCUGCGAACUUGACAAAAAGCCAGCAAUUAAAGCCAAAUAUUGAGGCAGCAAAAACUCUAGCACAAGACAAACCUCCACAGAUUGCUUCAAGUCAGUCAAGUGUUAAUGCGAUACAUGCUCAAGACCAAACAAAAGAUCAAGACGAUAUGGAAAUAUGUACCCCAGAGCACAAUGCAGACCCCAACACAGAACCACUUGACCCUUGUGUUUUUGACCUGCCAGCAAUAAAAGAUGUUGUUAAUAAUGGUAAUCAACUUCUCCUACCUCAGACAGAUCAAAAGACCUCAGGUUCAAGUCCUUCUGUUUUAACUCCUGCCAACCAAACUGGAGAAACCACACCUGGCAGCGUUGGGCUACCAGUCGAUCCUAAAUGGAAACCUUUAAAAGGUAUGACUGUCGUACCAGCGGUCAGUGCAGUACCUCUAGCCAUGAAAAUGAACAGGCCACAAGAGCAAGGGGAUGGCAAGACUCAGGGCCUCAAGAUUGAGAUCAAAAGCAAAAACAGGGUCCGACCAGGAUCCCUGUUUGAUGAGGUGCGGAAGACAGCUCGGCUAAACCAGCGUCCCAGAAAUCAGGACAGUUCCAGUGAAGAGGGUUCACCCGCUGCCACAGGAGAGCCGGCUGGAUCUCCGAAGCACUCGCGGAGCAAGUCGCGUUCGGUGUCAAGUUUCAGGCCCCGACAUAGAGACCGGUCUCGGUCGUACACCCACUCCAGGAGCAGGUCCAGGAGCUCCAGCUAUUCUUCCAGGAGCUACAGUAGAAGUAGAAGCAGAUGGAGAUCCAGUAGAGAACGUUCCAGAUCUCGAAGUAGUAGCUACCAUAGCUAUCGCAGUCAUACAUACAGUCGAAGUCGUUCCAGAAGUUGGUCCAGAGGACGCCGUAGGUCGAGAUCCUAUACUUAUGACAGCUACUCGAGCCGCAGCCGGAGUCAUAGCAGAAGGCGGCGACACACACGGAGUGAAAGUUCUGAUCACAGAUCCAGAUCAUAUCGUUCCUAUAGUCGCAGUUCAUCAAGGCACGGAAGUCGUAGCAGUCGAUACAGCUGAGACAACUUUUGGGAAAUUUCCUGUAACUUUGUUGAUGUUUUUUUUCAUUGGUUACUGAAGCUAGACCAGAGCCACACUGAUCUUCCUUUAUUUUCCAUAAAGAUUGUUUCUCUGAAGUCAGGAAAUAUGAGAGACUUUGACCUGUACUUGUACAUUCUGUGGAACUGAUCAGUUAUAUACUGUUUAACUGUUGUUGUUGUUUUUUGUUAGUUUUUUUAACAAACUUUUUAUUUUUCAAUAAUAAGACAUACAUGAAUGUACAAGAGCUGUUUUAUGCCGCCCUGUUUUGGUUUUGUAUGUAAUGUGUAUUAAACUCUAACAUGAGGAUCAUGCCAGUUCAGAAUGUAUGUUAACACAUUCUCCAUUGACGAGACCUCAGAUCCAGUAAAAAAUAAGUUUAGUACAAUGUGAAGAAUGUGUUUUGAAUCUGUGUUUUUUUUGUUUUUUUUUUUUCUUUUUCUUUAUUGUUUUCCAGAAAUUUUACUGUAGGGGAAAUCAGAAUAGGUUCAGUCAGUCAGUGGGUUAAAAAAAAACACCCAUCAUUUAUUAUGUACGGAAUAAAACAUG